UCAAAGCCAGCGGCUCUCAUUCCUUCCGCUGCCCUAUUUUUCAACAUCAUAUAACAAUAAAAUAAAUCUGAUGAUACAAACUGAACUACUUUUACUAGCCAAUCAAAACCCUAAUACUCUUUAACAUCUUUUCAGUUCUGUUAUUAUACAAACAAAAUCAUAUAAUUUUUUUUCAAUACCCUAAUUCUUGUGAAUUGAUUUUUAGUGGUGCAUAUAAGAUACACCAAUAACAAAUAAGAAUGGAUAUACGGUUCCCGUAUUCUCCGGCUGAAGUUUCAAAAGUCCGGCUUGUUCAAUUCGGAAUCCUUAGUCCAGAUGAAAUUAGGCAAAUGUCAGUGGUGCAUAUAGAACACGGGGAAACCACGGAAAGAGGGAAACCGAAAGUAGCCGGAUUGAGUGAUCCGCGGCUUGGUACCAUUGACAGGAAGCUUAAAUGUGAAACUUGUAUGGCUAAUAUGGCCGAAUGCCCGGGUCAUUUUGGUCAUCUUGAGCUCGCCAAGCCCAUGUUUCAUAUCGGUUUCAUGAAGACCGUUCUCAGUAUUAUGCGUUGCGUUUGCUUCAAUUGCUCCAAGAUCCUCGCCGACGAGGAUGAUCACAAAUUCAAGCAAGCCCAGAAAAUAAGAAAUCCGAAGAAUAGGCUUAAGAAAAUCUUAGAUGCAUGCAAGAGCAAAGCUAAAUGUGAUGGGGGUGAUGAUAUUGAUUCUCAAAGCCAGGAUACUGAGGAGCCGGUUAAAAAGAGACGAGGGGGUUGUGGGGCCCAGCAGCCAAAGAUUAGUAUUGAUGGCAUGAAAAUGGUUGCAGAAUACAAGCUUCAGAAGAAGAAAAGUGAUGACACAGAACAGCUCCCAGAGCCAGCUGAAAGAAAGCAGCAGCUUUCUGCAGAAAGAGUUCUGAGUGUAUUAAAAAGAGUGAGUGACGAGGACUGUAUGUUGUUGGGCUUGAACCCCAAGUAUGCACGUCCAGAUUGGAUGAUCCUGCAGGUCCUUCCAAUACCACCUCCUCCAGUCAGACCAUCUGUCAUGAUGGAUACCUCAGCUCGGAGCGAGGAUGACUUAACUCAUCAGCUGGCCAUGAUAAUUAGACACAACGAGAAUCUGAGGAAACAAGAAAGGAAUGGUGCUCCUGCUCACAUUAUAUCUGAAUUUGCUCAGUUACUGCAGUUUCAUGUUGCUACAUAUUUUGACAAUGAGCUUCCGGGUCAGCCAAGGGCUACACAACGAUCAGGCCGUCCUAUCAAAUCCAUAUGCAGUAGGCUUAAGGCAAAGGAGGGCCGGAUCAGAGGUAACCUGAUGGGGAAGCGUGUUGAUUUUUCAGCACGUACAGUCAUCACUCCAGAUCCAACCAUCAAUAUUGAUCAACUGGGGGUGCCAUGGAGUAUUGCUUUGAAUCUUACUUAUCCUGAAACAGUCACUCCUUAUAACAUAGAAAGGCUGAAGGAGCUUGUUGAGUAUGGUCCGCAUCCCCCCCCUGGUAAAACGGGAGCCAAGUAUAUUAUCCGGGAAGAUGGUCAAAGGCUUGAUCUUCGUUAUUUGAAGAAAAGCAGUGAUCACCAUCUGGAGUUUGGUUACAAGGUUGAGCGACACUUGAAUGAUGGAGAUUUUGUGCUUUUUAAUCGGCAGCCAAGUCUACAUAAGAUGUCCAUUAUGGGGCAUAGGAUUAAAAUCAUGCCAUAUUCCACCUUCCGGUUAAACCUAUCGGUCACAUCACCAUAUAAUGCUGAUUUUGAUGGCGAUGAAAUGAACAUGCACGUACCUCAAUCAUUUGAAACAAGAGCAGAAGUCCUGGAGUUGAUGAUGGUACCUAAAUGUAUUGUCUCACCUCAAGCAAAUCGGCCUGUCAUGGGUAUUGUGCAGGAUUCACUUUUAGGUUGCCGUAAAAUCACCAAGAGAGAUACCUUCAUUGAAAAGGAUGUUUUCAUGAACAUAUUGAUGUGGUGGGAGGAUUUUGAUGGAAAAGUACCAACGCCUACAAUUUUGAAACCUAGACCUCUAUGGACAGGAAAACAAGUUUUCAAUCUCAUCAUCCCAAAGCAGAUAAAUCUUAUCAGGACAGCUGCUUGGCAUUCAGAAACUGAAACUGGACAUCUAACGCCCGGUGACACUCAAGUUCGAAUUGAGAAGGGAGAGGUUAUCACCGGUACUCUUUGCAAGAAAACCCUCGGUGCAUCUACUGGAAGUCUUAUACAUGUCAUCUGGGAGGAGGUUGGUCCAGAUGCUGCUCGUAAGUUUCUUGGACAUACCCAGUGGCUUGUUAACUACUGGCUUUUGCAACAAGGGUUCAGCAUUGGGAUUGGAGACACGAUUGCUGAUGCAUCCACUAUGGAAACUAUUAAUGAAACUAUUUCGAAAGCCAAGAAUGAGGUGAAAGAACUUAUUAGGGCCGCACAAGAUAAACAGUUGGAGGCAGAGCCUGGUCGGACAAUGAUGGAGUCAUUUGAAAACAGAGUGAAUCAGGUGCUGAACAAGGCUCGUGAUGAUGCUGGAAGUAGCGCCCAGAGAAGUUUAUCAGAGAGCAACAAUCUUAAGGCUAUGGUCACGGCAGGUUCAAAAGGAAGUUUCAUCAAUAUAUCACAAAUGACUGCUUGUGUGGGACAACAGAACGUUGAGGGUAAGCGAAUACCUUAUGGCUUCAUAGAUCGGACUCUUCCUCAUUUCACAAAAGAUGAUUAUGGACCCGAAAGUCGUGGGUUUGUGGAGAAUUCUUAUCUACGAGGGCUGACACCACAAGAAUUCUUUUUCCAUGCCAUGGGAGGUAGAGAAGGUCUCAUUGAUACUGCAGUAAAAACAUCUGAAACUGGCUAUAUUCAAAGGCGGUUGGUAAAAGCUAUGGAAGAUAUUAUGGUGAAGUAUGAUGGUACGGUGAGGAAUUCUUUGGGAGAUGUUAUCCAGUUUCUCUAUGGGGAAGAUGGCAUGGAUGCAGUUUGGAUUGAAAGUCAGAAACUCGAUUCGUUAAAAAUUAAAAAAAGGGAGUUUGACCGGCUUUUUAAAUACGAGAUCGAUGAUGAUAAUUGGAAUCCGAGUUACAUGCUUCCAGAUCAUGUCGAGGAUUUAAAAACUAUUCGGGAAUUCCGUAAUGUGUUUGAUGCUGAAGUACAAAAACUCGAAGCUGAUCGAGUCCAACUUGGAACUGAGAUUGCUACCACGGGUGAUAAUUCAUGGCCGAUGCCUGUUAACCUCAAACGACUUAUAUGGAAUGCACAGAAGACCUUUAAGGUUGACUUGAGACGUCCCUCGGAUAUGCAUCCAAUGGAAAUCGUGGAAGCAGUUGAUAAGCUUCAAGAACGGUUGCGUGUUGUUCCCGGUGAUGAUUUGUUGAGUAUCGAAGCUCAAAAGAAUGCAACUCUGUUCUUUAACAUCCUCCUUCGUAGCACUUUUGCUAGCAAGCGGGUGUUGAGUGAGUACAGACUUACACGUGAAGCGUUUGAGUGGGUUAUCGGUGAGAUAGAGUCAAGGUUUUUACAGUCGCUCGUUGCACCGGGAGAAAUGAUUGGAUGUGUAGCAGCACAGUCGAUUGGUGAGCCAGCCACGCAGAUGACUCUAAACACUUUCCAUUAUGCUGGUGUGAGUGCCAAAAAUGUGACUCUUGGUGUACCCCGAUUGAGAGAGAUUAUUAAUGUUGCUAAAAAUAUCAAAACCCCUUCAUUGUCUGUGUAUUUGAAGCCUGAGGUCAGCAAGACAAAAGAUCGGGCCAAGAAUGUUCAGUGUGCGUUAGAAUACACGACACUUCGCAGUGUGACUCAAGCUACUGAAGUAUGGUAUGACCCGGAUCCCAUGAGUACAAUCAUCGAAGAGGAUGUGGACUUUGUCAAAUCAUACUAUGAAAUGCCUGAUGAAGAAAUUGAUCCUGAUAAAAUAUCUCCAUGGUUACUCCGUAUCGAGUUAAAUCGGGAAAUGAUGGUUGAUAAAAAGUUGAGCAUGGCGGAUAUUGCAGAGAAGAUUAAUCUCGAGUUCGAUGAUGAUUUAACAUGUAUAUUCAAUGAUGACAAUGCCGAGAAGUUGAUUCUACGAAUACGUAUCAUGAAUGAUGAGGCCCCGAAAGGCGAAUUGCAAGAUGAAUCAGCUGAAGAUGAUGUGUUCCUGAAGAAAAUUGAGAGUAAUAUGCUAACAGAAAUGGCCCUACGUGGCAUUCCUGAUAUUAACAAGGUGUUCAUAAAAUCGGGAAAAGUCAACAAGUUCGAUGAGAAUGAAGGAUUUAAGCCUGAAGUUGAAUGGAUGCUUGAUACUGAAGGUGUGAACCUUUUGGCUGUAAUGACUCAUGAGGAUGUUGAUGCCUUGAGAACGACCAGUAAUCAUUUGAUUGAAGUAAUUGAGGUGUUGGGGAUCGAAGCGGUUAGGAGGUCCUUACUGGAUGAGCUCCGUGUGGUCAUCUCUUUUGAUGGUUCUUAUGUUAACUAUCGGCAUUUGGCUAUACUAUGUGAUACUAUGACAUAUCGUGGUCAUCUUAUGGCCAUAACACGUCACGGGAUCAAUAGGAAUGAUACCGGGCCAAUGAUGAGAUGCUCCUUCGAAGAAACGGUUGAUAUUCUUCUUGAUGCGGCUGUAUACGCAGAAACAGAUUUCCUGAGGGGAGUGACCGAAAACAUAAUGCUGGGACAACUUGCUCCCAUAGGGACGGGGGACUGUGGUUUGUUGCUAAAUGAGGCAAUGCUACAACAGGCUAUAGAUGUUCAGCUACCUAGCUAUAUCGAUGGUCUUGACAUUGGGAUGACACCUGGCAGAUCACCCAUUACUCCUUUCCAUGAUGGUUCAAUGUCGCCUACCAGUUACCUUUUCAGCCCAAAUCUACGAUUAUCACCAAUCAGCAACAAUGCACAAUUUUCCCCUUAUGUUGGUGGGAUAGGCUUUUCUCCCGCAUCUUCACCUGGGUACAGUCCAUCGUCUCCAGGUUAUAGCCCGUCAUCUCCUGGCUAUAGCCCGACUUCACCUGGCUAUAGCCCAACCUCACCUGGUUAUAGCCCUACGUCGCCUGGCUAUAGCCCUACAUCACCGACGUACAGUCCAAGCUCGCCGGGUUACAGUCCAACCAGUCCUACCUACUCGCCCACAUCACCAAGCUACUCACCCACCUCACCUAGCUACUCACCCACCUCUCCCAGCUACUCCCCAACCUCACCCAGUUAUUCUCCUACUUCGCCUAGUUACAGCCCAACAUCUCCUGCCUACAGCCCAACAUCACCGGCAUACAGCCCAACAUCACCAGCAUACAGCCCAACCUCGCCAUCUUAUAGCCCAACCUCGCCAUCCUACAGCCCCACCUCCCCGUCUUAUAGCCCAACGUCUCCAUCUUACAGCCCAACCUCGCCAUCCUAUAGCCCGACGUCGCCUGCCUAUAGCCCUACAUCCCCUGGGUAUAGCCCGACUUCACCGAGCUAUAGUCCCACCUCACCUAGCUACAGUCCGACUUCACCAAGCUAUAAUCCAUCAUCGGCCAAGUACAGCCCAUCUCUGGCUUAUUCCCCUAGCAGUCCAAGGCCUUCUAGCCCGUAUAGCCCUACAUCACCCAAUUAUAGCCCCACCUCACCAUCGUAUUCUCCUACCUCUCCUUCCUACUCUCCCUCAAGCCCUACAUACAGUCCCAGCAGUCCUUACUCAUCUGGCGUGGCUCCUGAGUACAGCCCUAGCUCACCGCAGUAUAGUCCAAGUGCUGGGUACUCGCCUAGUGCGCCUGGGUAUUCGCCUUCAUCAACCAGCCAGUAUACUCCUUCAAUGAGCAACAAGGAUGAUGGUUCGAGGCCUUAAUCUGGAUUUUGGACAAUUUAUCAGAAGAAAGCUCUUACUUUCUGUAAUCAUCCUUUAACAAAAUAUUUGAGGUGUAUGAUAUGGUUUUGGGAGGAUUUGGACUCUUGAACUUUGUUUGGUAUUUUUGUGAACCAGACUACUGUUGUUUUGACCAAUUUUAGGACUGGUUUGUUUGUUGUUCCAUCAUCCAGAUAAAGUCAAUUUGUCUGCUAUAUGCUGUACUAUCUUCAUGUAAAAUCCAAAUUCGCGUAGCCAUUAUUAAUUAAUCCAAAUGGUUCGUCAAAA